AUGUCUACUAAAUUUUCCAGAAAAAAUUCACUAAUUUACUUACCUGGAGGUGAAAUAUUUCGUCGUGUGUCAAAUAGUAUUCGUGGGGCUGGAGUUAUUGAUGCUGUAGCUCAAGCUGCUUUUAAUGAAAAAAAAUGGGUCUGGGUUGAGGAUAAGAAUGAUGGUUAUGUUGCUGGUUAUAUUACAAAAGAAAUAGGGAAUCAAGUGGAAGUCCAUUUUAAUGACUAUUCGUCCCGCAUUGUUGACGUGGACGAAACCGAAAAAAUGAAUCCACCUAAAUUUGACAAAGUUGAAGAUAUGGCUGAUCUAACUUAUCUAAAUGAAGCAUCUAUUAUACAUAAUCUACGACAAAGAUAUUUUUCAGAUUAUUUUUAUACAUAUUCGGGGCUCUUUUUGGUUGCAGUGAAUCCUUAUCAUGAUUUCCCAAUAUAUACAGAUGAAAUCAUACAAUCUUAUAAAGGUAAACGUAGACAUGAAAUGCCACCUCAUAUAUACGCUAUAGCCGAUUCUGCUUAUCACAAUAUGCUACAAGAGCAAUCUGGUGCAGGAAAAACUGUAAACACAAAAAAAGUUAUUCAAUAUAUAGCAGCAAUUGCUAGUGAUAGCUCAAAGAAGUUGGGUAAACUUGAGCAACAAAUACUUCAAGCUAAUCCUAUACUAGAAGCAUUCGGCAACGCUCAAACUAUUAGAAACAAUAAUUCCUCUCGUUUCGGAGCUCCACAAGAAUUCAAAAGUAAGUUAUUAUUAUUUAAAGAUGAGGAUUUCUUGUUGGAUGAUACAUUGGAUGAUUAUCGAUUUACAAAAUUUUCAAGACAAGAUAUUGAUGGUGUUGACGAUUCAAUUGAAUUUAAUAAUCUCAUGGAUGCUAUGAAUAUAAUAGGGAUGACAAUUGAAGAACAAAUGAAUUUGUUUCGUGUAAUAGCAGCAAUCUUACAUCUUGGAAACAUUAAAGUGACAUCUAAUCGUGACGACCAAGCUCAAAUACCAGAAACAUCUGUAUCGGAAAAAGUUUGUCAUCUUCUUGGUAUACAUGUAUCGGAUUUUAUUAAAGGUCUAGUCAAACCUCAAGUUAAAGCUGGUCGCGAAUGGGUUGCCCAAUCGCGCACAAAAGAACAAGUCUUAUACUCGAUAGAUGCUUUGGCAAAGUCAUUAUAUGAAAGAAAUUUUGGUGCGUUGGUAGAACGAAUUAAUAAGGCUACCGAUAGACCAACCAAUAAAUCUAAUUUUAUUGGCGUAUUGGAUAUUGCUGAAGAAUAUAGACGUGAAAGUAUUGAAUGGAAAUUUAUCGAUUUUGGUUUGGAUCUACAACCAACGAUUGAUUUAAUUGAAAAAGUUAAUCCGGUGGGAGUAUUGUCAUGUCUUGAUGAAGAAUGUGUUAUGCCAAAAGCAACUGACAAAACUUUUGUAGAAAAAUUACACAGUUUAUGGAAAGACAAAUCAUCAAUAUAUCAAGUUCCACGUUUUCAGCAAGGUUUCAUAUUACAACAUUAUGCUGCUAAAGUAGAGUACAGAACUGAAGGAUGGCUUAAUAAAAACAAAGAUCCGUUAAACGAAAAUAUUACUAAACUACUGGCUUACUCAAAUUGCGAAUAUAUUGCAUCUUUAUUCCAAGAUUUUCAUGGCGACAACAAUAACAUUAUAGAUUAUGGAACAAAAAAUCGUGUUAAACGUGGUGCCUUUAGAACUGUAGGACAUCGCCACAAAGAACAAUUACACUCAUUAAUGAAACAAUUAUACUCAACUCAUCCACAUUUCGUCCGAUGUAUUGUUCCUAAUGAAGAGAAAAAGCCAGGAAAGAUUUAUGUGCCAUUAGUACUUGAUCAAUUAAGAUGUAAUGGUGUUCUUGAAGGUAUUAGGAUAUGUCGUACUGGAUUCCCUAAUCGAUUGGGGUUUGUCGAAUUUCGUCAACGUUAUGAAAUCUUGGUCCCAGGGAUUAUUCCUGAUGGAUUUAUUGACGGCAGAGAGGCUGCACGGCAAUUAUUGGAGGCUUUUAAUCUGGAUAGUUCACAAUAUCGUAUUGGAUUAAGCAAAGUUUUAUUUAAAUCUGGAGUGUUGGCAGAAUUAGAAGAAAUAAGAGAUGGCAAAUUAGCGCAUGUUUUUACACGAUUUCAAGCAUAUUGUCGUGGUCAUUUGGCAAGAAAACAAUAUGAAAUAUUAUCUAAAAAAGUUCAAGCAGCACGCAUCAUCCAAAAGAAUGUAAGGGUUUAUAACCAAUUAAGAAAGAAUUCAUGGUGGAAUCUUUAUUCCAAAGUCAAACCGACCUUGAAUACUACUCGUUGGGAGGAACAAAUAAAACUUAGGGAUAAUCGUAUACGCGAAUUGGAGGAGAGAUUGAAAUUCGAGACCCAGGAACGGGAAAGACUUGAAGCCUUAACUGUGCAAUUGGAAUCUGAAAAGACGGUGUUGGAAGAAACAUUGGACGACGAGAGAGUUUUAGCUCAGGGUAACGAGGAAAUAUUAGCUCAAACUCGACAACGAGAACGAGAUUUAGAGGAGGAAGUUGAUGAGUUGACAGAAGAGGUGGAGAAACUCGAAGGAGAAUGUGAACAAUUGGCAAGGUCUAAGGAAACACUUGAAAAUCAAAUGCAAGAACUUGGAUUGCUAGAUGCACCAGAUCAAUUAUUGGUAUUGAAAGAGGCGGAAGAGACACAAAAAGAAGUUAUUAGGCUUGAACGAGCUAAUAAAGCACUUCAGGUUGAGCUUGAUGAAUUGAAAGAGAAAUUGGAAGAUGAGAGGACCGAGAAACAAAAAGGUUCGAUGAACCGACGAAAACUUAUGUCACAGUUACAAGAAUAUCAGAUGAAACUUGAAACAGAUACUCAAAAAUAUAGUGGAUGGGAAGAUUCAGUGGCAUCAUAUAGAGAAAAGAUUACAUCGCUGGCCUCAAAUCUUGAGUCGUCAGAAUUGGCACGAAUAAAAGCAGAAAAAUCUGAAGGUCUACUGAAACUCCAUAUAAAUGAACUUGAAGAAUCAAUGGUCGAAAUAUGUAUUAGUAAUUUUAUGAAAAUUCAAGAAUUACUAAAAUUUUCCAUCUCUUCAGGAAAAUCCGAAUAA